AUGUCUGAUGUCGACUCAAGCCUGCAAGCCGAACGAACCGUAGCAGCCUAUCUCGGCUUUGACAGUAUAAUCGACCUCCAGCGGUUCAUCAUCAUGUGGCCGUGCCUGGAGGCGAUGCGACUCUUAUCUAUUCUCCCCGGCCAGAGCCUCGUAUUUCCAAGUACUAUUGAGAUUGGCCAAGCACUGCAAUUCAACAGACGAGUUGAUCUCACCAAUGAGUACAUCCAGCAAUGCUGGAUGGUAUGCGUGCUGGCGGUUCUGCAGUACAAUAUCACACAGUACGAAAUCAACAAUGUGGAGGAAAACAGAGCCCGAUACCUUGUAGCAAUUCACAACAUGCCGCCUCGCUUUUGGAUCCCAGACCACGUUCUGGAGGAAGAUGAAGUCCCGCCCCAUCCACUUCUUCGGCCAACUCUACGAUUCGGUGAACCUCCAAUGAUUCCCCUUCACCGAUGCUUUUGCCUUCUGCAGUACCUCGAGCUGACGCAUGGGUCCGAGUCCAGACGUGAGAGAUAUCUGGAUGCCCGUGUACUAUGCUCCGGUGAAGAAUUCGAGGUGACUGAGCACGACAUCCCGGGGUGGAUGCGUCAUUCUCUGUAG